AUGGAAGAGGAGAUCAGUAACAUUUGGAUAGGACUACCGAGAUAUAGUGCAGAAUAUGGCAAGGGGGUAGAAGAUUUUUUGAAAAAUGCCUUCCCUGUUGGUGCUGUGGGCAACGAAAUGAAGUGCCCCUGCAAACACUGUAUUAAUCGUAAAUGGCAUACAAGAAAUGUCAUCAAUGACCAUCUUGUUUGCAGCGGGCCUUCCCCGGCACAUGUAAAAUGGAUUUACGAUACUUCACAAAUGAAAAUACAGUCUAGUUCUAACUUUAUAGAUUAUGAAACGGGGAUGGAUUUUGGAAAUAAUUUAGACGAGAUGUUCAAUUGUAUGGGUAAGAAGUUCGAUAAUUGUGAAGGCAGACCAAAUAUAGAGGCGCAAAAGUUUUAUAGGCGGGUUGAUGAGGGAAAGCAACCAUUAUAUCUGGGAUGUACUAACUUUUCUCGAUUAGGUUUCAUGAUAAGACUUUAUCAUUUAAAGUGUGUUCAUGGAAUUAGUGAGUCUGCAUUCGGGGAGUUGCUUAACCUAAUGAAAGAAGCCUUUCCUCAAGCCCAUCUGCCUUUGUCCUUUAAUGCAGCAAAAAAUAUGAUUAAGGAUUUAGGUCUCCAUUAUGAGAAAAUACAUGCAUGCCCAAACAGCUGCAUGUUGUAUUGGGCAGAAAAUGAAGAUAAAGAUAAAUGUAAAACUUGUGGAGUUUCUAGGUGGGUUGUACAAGAGAAAAAAGGCAGUGCUGCUAAUAACGAGCCCGAGAAGCUGAUUCACAAAGUGCCGGCAAAUGUAAUGAGGUAUUUUCCACUAAAACCAAGGUUGGAACGGAUGUUCAUGUGCAAAGAAUUUUCCCAACUGAUGACAUGGCACGCAGUAGGACGGAAAAAGGAUGGGAAACUCAGACAUCCGGCUGAUGGCAAGGCUUGGAAGAUGAUGGAUGCUCAAUAUCCUGAUUUUUGUUCGGAAAAUAGAAAUGUGAACUUAGCUGUAGCGGCUGAUGGAUUCAGCCCCUAUCGUGCAAUGAAUUUAACUCAUAGCACAUGGGCAAUUGUGUUGGUCAACUAUAACCUUCCACCUUGGCUGUGCAUGAAACAAGAAAAUUUGAUACUCUCCACAUUAAUAUCAGGUCCGAAUUCACCGGGGAAUAAUAUAGAUGUGUAUAUGCAGCCUUUGAUUGCGGAGUUAAAAGAAUUAUGGGAUGUCGGCAUCGAAACUUACGAUGCCUUGACUAACCAUAAUUUUAAGCUACGUGCACGCAUGGUAUGGACCAUAAGCGACUUUCCUGGUUAUGCAAUGUUGUCCGGCUGGAGCACGAAGGGAAAACUAGCGUGUCCGGUGUGCCAUUACGAGACUUCUUCUUGUUAUUUAAAACACAGCAGAAAGAUGUGCUACAUGAACCAUCGAAAGUGGAGGCUGGAUAAAAAAAGAUUUAACGGUGAGAUUGAAAUGGGACAAAUUCCGCCGAUUCUAUCAGGAUUUGAUAUUGCAGAGUUGUUGCAGGGGUUCGAAAACCAUUUCGAGAAACCCAAAAAAAAAGGUUAA